ACUCUUAACUAGCCGGAGAAGGUGAAGGCGCGGGCAAGGCGGCGAAAACUACGUUUCCCAGAAAGCCCUGCGAGGAGCCCUGCCCCGCCCCCGUCAGCGUUGCGUCUCAAGUCCGGCCGGCCUGCAGGGAGCGUUGUCUCCAGAAGGUUCAGACUUGAGUGGCGGAAAGGACGGGGCUUGAGAGCGCCCCCUUCUCCCACCGCUGGCUAUGAUAGUGUUUGUUAGGUUCAACUCUAGCCAUGGUUUCCCAGUGGAGAUUGAUUCAGACACCAGCAUCUUCCAGCUCAAGGAGGCAGUUGCUAAGCGACAAGGAGUUCCAGCUGACCAGUUGCGAGUGAUUUUUGCAGGGAAGGAGCUCAGGAAUGACUUGACAGUGCAGAGUUGCGACCUACCUCAGCAAAGUAUUGUUCAUGUUAUUCAAACUCCACAGAAAAAGGAUGAAGGAGGGAGUGAAGCUGAAAGUGUAAAUUACUGUGAUGUUCUAACAAAUGAUGGAAAAGAAGCCAAAAGCCUCACUCGCAUUGACCUUAAUACCAGCCUUCUGCCUUCGAACUCAGGUGGGCUUGCUGUGAUUUUGGACACAGAGGACAGUACCAUUUCUUCUCAGUCUGACAAUUCAGGGGCUUCUACAUACAACAGUUUCUAUGUUUUCUGCAAAAGUUUCUGCCAAGCCGUGAAACCUGGGAAGCUCAGGGUCCAUUGCAGAACAUGCAAGCAAGGGACACUGACACUGUCCAGGGGUCCAUCUUGCUGGGAAGACGUUCUGAUUCCCAACAGAAUAACUGGUGUUUGCCAGUCUCGAAACUGCAAUGGAGAAGUAGCGGAAUUCUACUUUAAAUGUGGAGCACACCCAACCUCUGACAGUGAGACAUCUGUGGCACUGAACCUCAUUACAACAAAUACUCGGGACAUCUCAUGUAUAACCUGUACAGAUGUUAGGACCCCUGUGUUGGUAUUCCCAUGCAUCCAUCGCCAUGUCAUUUGCCUAGACUGUUUUCAUCUGUACUGUGUGACAAUGUUGAACAAUCGCCAGUUUAUACAUGACCCUGUCCUUGGCUACUCCCUUCCAUGUGUGGUUGGCUGUCCAGAUUCCUUGAUUAAAGAGCUGCAUCACUUCAGAAUUCUGGGCGAGGAGCAGUACAACCGUUACCAGUGCUAUGGUGCAGAGGAAUAUGUUCUGCAGAUGGGUGGGGUCCUAUGUCCCACCCCAGGAUGUGGUGCAGGUCUUCUUCCUGAACCAGAAAUGAGAAGGAUAGUGUGUGAGCCAAGCAAUGGAAUGGGCUGUGGGUUUGUGUUCUGCCGUGAAUGUAAAGAAGAAUACCAUGAAGGCGAAUGUCUCACUCUCUUCGAAGCUCAAGGAGUCACCACUCAGAAGGAAUAUAAAGUUGAUGAGCAUGCAGCCAUACAGUCUCGGUGGGAAGAAGCAUCCAAAGAAACAAUAAAAAGAACAACCAAACCAUGCCCCCGCUGCCAUGUUCCAGUAGAAAAAGAUGGAGGAUGCAUGCAUAUGAAGUGCCCUCGUCCGCAGUGCAGAUUUGAAUGGUGCUGGAACUGUAGCCUGGAGUGGAACAGAACUUGUAUGGGAGAUCACUGGUUUGAUUGAUGACCAUCUGAGCCAGUCAAGAAUUUAUGCAACAAAUGAAGUCCUAACUGCCUUUUUUUUGGCCUACCUACCUACCUGUGCAAAUUAUCCAUGUAUAUUCAGAUAGUUUUGUUUCCAAACUUGAAAAUCAAACCAGAGGAUUGAAGUAGUCAGAUGGCAUUGACAGGUAGUUGCUUCCAUUUCAGUGAGGCUGUAAAUUUGCUGUGAACUUUUAAUAUGAACUCUAAAGCAGCUGUCCAAAUGCUGAACCUUAUUCCUCAAAUAAGUUCAGCACCUUAGAAAACUCCUUUGAAGUUUGAACCAAAUCUAAGUGAAAAUACUCACUUCUGACAUGGAAGCCACCAGCUGCCAGUGUUCAUUUUUUAUCUUCCUUCCAUGGGAAUAUGGGUCAUUUUACCAGUGGCAAUACUACUUUUAAUAAUUUUGUUCUUUGAUCUAAGAGUGGAUUUCUGUACAUAUUUUAUUCUUCAAAUCUGAAAUAUGAAUAAUUGGGCCACUCACAUCUGUUUCAACUAUGCUGAUGUUAUAUUCAUUAUCUGAGCUUGGUAUGAAUGAUUCUUCUACAACAGUUCUAUCCUCCCAAAUAAAUUUUAAGUUCAAAACUCAA